AAUAACAAAACAGAUUCCUCAUGUCUUUUUGGUGUGUCAGUGUUCAUCAUCCCCUUUCUCUUUCUUAAGUGUAGGUUCGUGUCAUGUUGAUUUCCCUCAGGACGUCUUGAUCAAUAAUGGCUGAACAGAACUGGGACAACCUCCCAGAUCACAUCUUGGUCAAUAUCUUCAGCUUCCUAUCAUUGACUGAGAGAGUUCAGGCUGGCUAUGUCUGCAAAAGCUGGCAAGAUUGUUUCAACAGCCCGUACCUAUGGAAACGAUUUGUCUUCAGAUUUUUCAAGAGUGAAGACCAGAGACUGCUGAAGUGUUUGAAGAAGCAUGGUCCUUGGUUGAGACAUUUGAACAUCUUACUUGACCAGGAGGUGAAGAUCAAUCGGGACAAUCUUUGCGAGACGCUGUCAUGGAUAGCAAACAUGAAGGAGCGCAGAAUUCAGAGUUUGCGGAUCUACUUCUGUGGUGAGAAUCCUCUGUUUUAUGCUGGUGUUGAGAUCGCAAACUUGCUUCAUAAGAUCUUCAAACCAGACGAGGAUGUCGAGACUUUGAUUGAUUUGAAAGAAGUCGACCUUGGGGGCCUUGGGAUUGCCUUCGAUGACAAUCUAUUCAACCUUCUGGCAGGCAACAACCAAAACUUGCAGAGAUUGAACAUUCAGAAUAAAAGCCUGAUAUGCAAGGUCACUCCUGCGUGCGUGAUAAACAUUAUCAAAAAGUGUAAAAAACUGAAAGAUUUGCGUUUAUUCUAUACAAGUAUGUCCGAUGAGGUCCUGGAAGCGUUGUGUGCUCCAGACAGGCGACCUUUAGAAUACCUCAGCCUGCUGUGCACAAGAACUGAAAAAUUUGGUAAGGUUUUAUCCAAGGAAGCUUGGAUGAAAUUGACCAAGGCAUCACCAAAUUUGAAAGUUGGUCUUCAGUUUGAUCAUACCAUACCUGUUCAUAAGAUCUGGGAGAUCACGAUCCCUCAGAUCCCACUGUAUGCAUUACGGUUUGAAACCUUCACCGAGUUGAUAGAAGAAGUUGAGUAUGUGACUGCGACAUUUCACAAGACCCUCCAAAAAAUUUCUCUUCAUACACCACCAGGUGAUAAACUUGAGAGGGCGUUACUCAACCUGGUAGCCAGUUGCAAUCUGAAAGCACUCUAUGUUUUCUGCGUCUUGAGCGAAGAAACAAUUGACAAAAUAUUAGAGACACGUCCAGAGUUGAAGGAACGUAAAUCUUACGUUUUGAAACAUACCAAGGACCCUCUGCCUUGGGUGAAGGCAAUUGAAAUCGAGCAAGUGUUUCAGCCUUGACCAUACAAGGAAAAGAUUUUGGGUGAUCACAAAAGAAUUGUCCUUGUGUUUAUUGCAUGAAGUCUAGCUUGAUGCCUUUUGACCCUUGCACCAGUCCCCAGUCACAAUCAGUCCUGUGUUUCGUCACAACUAUUUUUCAUCACGUUGCCAAGAUGUUACCGGUAGAAGUAUUUAUUGCAGAUAUAGGACAAGUUGAUACAUGUAUUGAAGGAUUGUUUACAAACAGUAUUCAUUUUCUUGAUGGUGCUUGUGUCUCACUGUGUGAAGUAGUUGAUGUAACUAGAAUGGAGUGUUGAUGAAUUCAUGCUUUUUAGUCUUUUAAUCAUUCUUUGCAUCUAUGCAAAAUUAUUUAUUUGUAAAUAAAUUGAAGGUAAAUCA